UAUGCAAACGCAGACAGGCUUCAAAUACACAAACCAGUUCGAUCAGAUCUUCAAGAAGUGGAAGUUGAAUUGGAAUAGUGAUCUGUAACAAGGUUAAGCAGCAGCCAUGUCAAAUUCGAAAGGAACUUUUAAUACGGCUGAUCCGAUGCCACCCUCUCCUGUAUGUCUUCCUGAAAACUCGAAAAAAGAAGCAGUCAUACCUCCAAGCAUUGAACCUCCUCCACAAAUUGUCUACGUGUCAGAUGGAAUUUAUGUACCUCAAGUCGUCAGCGGUUCGGCCGAAUCAGGCAUUCAUCAACAAUACGAUGUCGGUGCCCUUGAAGAUCCCUUGGUCAAAGGAUUCUCCUUCGAUAACCCGAGCAUCAGAAGAGGAUUCAUAAGGAAAGUGUACGCCAUACUGUCUGUUCAACUAGCAAUCACCUUAUCAUUUAUUUGCUGGUUUCUCUUCGACUGCAACACCAAAGAGUUCGUGCAAAACAAUCCCAUAUUAUUAUUUAUCUCAAUUGGCGUGGUAUUUGUAUCGUUAAUUUUCUUAGCUUGUUGUGGAGACCUACGCAGAAGAGCUCCCAUGAACUAUAUUAUUCUGUUUACCUUCACUCUGGCAGAGUCUGUAUUGCUAGGGACCAUAACUUCAAUGUGUGACGUAGAUAUAGUGGCACUGGCAGUUGGUAUGACUGCGAUUGUUUGCUUUGGGCUCACUUUGUUUGCCUUCCAAACUAAAUUUGAUUUCACUUUCAUGGGAGGCAUGCUCUUUAUCUUUCUUUUGUUACUCAUCGUCAUGGGAAUUGCAUUUGCAGUCAUUAACACCAACAUACUCAAUUUGGUAUAUUCAUUUUUGGGGGCGCUGUUGUUUUCUGCUUAUUUAGUAUAUGACACUCAACUGAUGUUGGGAGGCAGUCAUAAAUAUGCAAUUUCUCCAGAAGAAUAUAUAUUUGCCGCCAUUAACCUUUAUGUAGACAUUAUUAACCUGUUCCUGCGCAUAUUGAUCAUACUGAGACAUUUCAGAUAAGACUGUUAAUUCUUCACCAGUACGAGUUCUUCAAUCUGGUAAAAAAUUAAAGUUUUACCCAAGUGUAAAAACAGUAAUUCUGAGCAUGAAUGACAUAUAUAUUGGACUUUUCCUGAAUAGAUGAACUUUAUACCUAAUAUUGAAUAAAGUACCAAUUUUUUGUUUCA